AUGUCGAGCUUCUCCAGCGAUCAGUCCAACGGCCUGUCUUCGCUGCCUGUCGCGCCGACCGGAAAGCCGCCUAAUCCGUACGUCGUUGGUGCCAGCUUUGUAGCAAUGCGCCAUCAGCCGCCGGCGCCAUAUGGAGGGAUCUACUCCGAUGACUUUAUACCGUAUUUCGAUGGUUUGCCGAAUUCUGAUCAUUUCGAGUGGUGUAAAUCACAUCCCCCGGCACAAGGACUGACACUCUUGGAAGACCGUCAGUGCAUCACCAUUACUGACAUCAUCCGCACGGGAGACGACUGUGGCGCUCAGGUCCUGCUUACAGACACUGGCCUUGUUGCGAAGAUAUACGACCCACUAUACUACGAAUUUCACUUGUACAAUGUCCCUCGAAGGAAGCUCGAUUGCGUCGCAUUAGCGGACUCGGAGUAUUCAAUCGAAGCAGCAGCCUACAUGGAAGUUGUCGACCCCGAUAUUCAAGGCAGUGUCAUUCCCAAGUACUUCGGUUCAUGGACCCUAGACAUCACCCAGCGGGUCCGAGGCGCGCCCGUGACCCGAGCAGUACGAAUGAUACUGGUCGAAUAUGUGCCUGGUGUGCGAAUGCUGGACCUUGAUCCCGAUGAUCUGACAAAGGAAGAGCGGGAGAACAUUAUGCGCAAAGUCAUAGAAGCAGACUACGAUCUUCGUCUUGCGGGCGUCCAACACUAUGACUUGGAACCUAGGAACAUUAUCAUAGAUAAUACUUCAAACUAUGCCGCCCCUAACAUGCGAGUCACACUCAUAGACUACGGCUGCUCUCUUGUGGAUCGUAUCUAUUGGGGACGGCCUACCCCGCGCCAUCGUUACAAUCCUUGUUUCGGAUGGUCGGGAGCCAGCAGGUGGAGUCAGUGGGGAUGGCUUCCAUGGGAAGAUGAAGAUAGAAUAUCCUGGGUCUGGGCUAUGUGGGGUGACGGUAGCGGAGGAAAGUAUGUUAAGGUCGAGCGGGAUCCAGAUAGUCCGUUGGGCCGUCCCAAACGGAUACCUGUCGAAUAG